GUAAUAUUCAUUGUAUUACUAAACUCGUAUCACAAUACACAUAGAUAUAUAAAUCAAGUCAUCUGAAAUUAUACAUAUAAAUUGAUUUGUCAGUAAAGGCCAAAAUCAAGAACAAUAGUCUAACGAAUGGGUUUUCGAUCAUUUCCCAGAAAUUUUCUGAAGUUUUUUGACAGUCACAGAGACAGACAGUUACACGAGUCUCAAGCCAAUUACUUAUGUAGACCCCGUGCUAGACCUUAGAAGGAGAAUAUGGCACGGAAGAGGUAAUUUAGUCACAUAUCAUGAGUAGCAGUCAUUAACGUGUAACCAUAGUGAAUCUUCAAGAAACAAAAGGUUUGCAGAAAUCAAAGAAAAUGAGAUUUGUGAAUUGGCUGGCCAACAAUGUAAGGUUAGAGAGCCAGAAGUAUAUAUCAACGAAAGAUAUAUAUUGGAAGUUUUUAAAACAUGAUCCACAGAGUGACAUACCCUAUGCACAAAUGAUUGCGAUUGUGCAAAAGUAUUUCGAUGUGGCUUUAGUCCAAGGUGGCCACAAAGAAUCAUUUGUUCCAUUAUAUUGGAGAAGAAAAAAUGAGAAGAAAAUUGAUUUCUCUCAUGACGACUGUGAAUUUAUAAAAGCAAGGGGAUGGCAGGUACAGUUGAGCGAGCCUUCACAUACAAUCCUAUCCAUUGACACUGGAAUCACCAUAAAUGGGCGCAAGCUAUUGAAGACUGUCACGCUAUUUGAAGACGGAACCGUAAACCUGGAAAUUGCUUCUCGCAAUAUUGAUCUACAGGCCCUCAGAAUUGAUCCUACAUAUAUGAGAACCCAAAAAUCUGUCUUAAAUAUGCUGUGCAUAUUAGAAAAGGUGAUCAUAUGUGAAGCAGUUAAAAAACCAAAUGGGCUGUCGCAAAAAUGUGUUAAAUGCACUGAAGAAAAGUUAACAAAUGGGACAGAACAGAUGAAUGUAAUCAGAAGUAAUGUAUGUCUUCGAGUCCUAAAAUUCUCUUGCAGAGUAAAUUACUGCAGAAAAUGCCAAAAGCAAACUUUGUAUUUAGCAAUACCCGCUCCACCAACAAUAACAUUUGAAAAACAGUUGAGGGAAUUGUUUCCAUCUCUUCCACAUUAUAUGUUAAUUAAUUUGACAGAUUUACAUGAGAAUACCUUUGCAAAAGGUAGUAGAAGGUCACCAGGAACAAUGCAAGUGUGGCUAAGUCUGUAUGCGCAUAACCGUAAUAACUACAGGCUUUUGAAGGAAAGAGGCUUCCAUGUCCCAUCAGAGAGCAUUCUGAAAUGCUACAGAAAUGUGGUACAACAAAAUCCAGACUUCAAAGACAUUAACAUUGAAUGGAUGGCCAAUGAAGCAAAACGGCAGUGUAUGCCCACAAGUGCUUAUUCUGGGGGAAUCAUUUUUGAAGAAAUGAAAAUUGAUGAACGAAUUUCAACCCAAUCUAACGACAGAGAUUUGAAGACUGAAGCUUUUGUUGAAUGCAACCAGGAGUCUCUUGCUCCUACUGUACCUAGUCAAAUACUCCAACUGAGCUACCUUGGGUUCAAUGGCUACCGUUUCCCCUUUGCCUUCCUCCCAAUUACACAAGUAACUGCCUCUCAUUUAAAUAGAAUCUUCUGGAAGGCAGUGAACAAGUUGGCACUGAAUAACUUCAAUGUUCUCUAUUGUAACAUUAAGGAUGGUAUUACAAACAACCAACUGAGGCAAUUUAUGGGGAUACAUUUUCCCAGUGGAAAUGGGGUCCUUCAGCGAUAUGCGAUCGAAAGCCGACAUAAUCCACUUCGAAAGAUCGUUUUAUUAAUAGACAUAAAGAAUGUUACCAUGGAGAUCAGAAACAGCAUCUUUUUAAUUGGUGAUGCAGACUCUCACACCAGGAAACUUCUGCAUCAAGGUCGGGCCAUCACCUCGAAAAUGUGGAUUGACGCAUAUCAGUGGAACAGGAAAAAUCCCAUAUCUGUCCAUAAACACCUUCGUCGUGAGCAUCUAAGGCAUUCAGCAAAGAGGCGUAAUGGAUAUCCAGAGCAUGCAUUGUCACCAGACAUGCUGAAGCUGAUGAGAGAGUUCAGAUCCAGCAAGGGGGCUGAUGGGUCUUAUUUAGAUGCUGCAGUGGAACUCCUUGAGAUGACAUCCACUCUAGUUGAUUUCUUCAAUCACCAUCAAGAUCU